AAAAGAAAGAUACGUGUUGUCAUCGCCCCAAGUCCCCACCUCGGCCAUCGACCUCACGUUUUCUUCUUUCUCUCCAGCGAACAGGGGAACGGAGAGCCCACAGUCUUCCCCACCACCAAGGCGGAGCACAAUGGCGACCUACGGCGGCGUCCUCCGGCGCUCCGCGGCCGUCGUGGAGCGCGCCCGCGACAGCGUUCGCUUGACCCGCAAGGCCCUGGCCCGCUUCGCCCGCCCACAGUCCUUCGCGGCCCCGCCCCACGCCGAGGCCGCCGCCGUCCGCGCCGUUCGCAACCUCCGCUCCUUCCGCCUCCACUACGCCCUCCUCCUCUGGGUCCUCCUCCUCGCCUCCCUCUUCCCCCGCCACCGCGCCACCAUGCUCUUCCUCAUGGCCGCAUCCAAGCUCGCUCUCCUCUACGGCGCCCUCCUCAAGGCCUUCCCCAAUUCCGCCCUCCUCCGCCGGAUCUUGGACCGCAGGAUAUCCGCCGCGCUCGCGCUGACCGUGAUCUGCGCCGUGCUCGUGAUGACGGGGGCCGUGCCGCAGUUCCUGCUCGCCAUGGGCAUCGGCGUGCCGCUCGUGCUGUUCCACGCCCUGUUCCGCGUGCGGGACGAUCUGACGGCCAGCAGCGAGGAGACGGCUGCCGGAACCGGUGGCGAUCCGAGGCCGAUCUCGGAGAAGAAGGGAGAUCUCGAAAUGGGAUCUCGGUAACAACAUCCUUAAUUUUUUUGUACUCUUUAACUCAUUUUAUCCUUUCCCUUUUCUUAAUUAAUCUCAUUCUACUUCUACUUUCUUCAAUUCAUCGAUCUCUUUUCAUCUUACUAAAUGGAACUCGCGAUGUAUAC